AUGUUAUCAACAUUGGCUUUGCUCGUAUCGUUGCCCUUCGGCGUGGAUGCUGCGGCAUUGCAACCUCGACUUGAUGACGGCGUAGCGAAAACACCACCCAUGGGGUGGAACAGUUAUAAUCAUUAUUCGUGUUCGCCCAACGAGACUAUCAUUCAGUCAAAUGCAAAGGCGCUAGUUGAUCUAGGCCUAGAUACACUCGGCUAUCGAUAUGUCGGAAUCGACUGUGGCUGGACAGUUGCCGAUCGUUUAUCGAAUGGAUCCCUAACUUGGAAUGAAACGUUGUUCCCCAGUGGUUUCCCUGCUCUUGGGCAGUAUAUCCAUGAUUUGGGUUUACUUUUUGGAGUCUACGAGGACGCAGGCAUCCAGACUUGCGGUACAGGUGUUGAGCAAGCGGGUAGUUUGUUUCACGAGCAACAAGAUGCAGCGACGUUCAUGUCUUGGAAUAUUGAUGCCCUGAAAUAUGACAAUUGUUACUCGGAGGAAGAUAAAGGAUAUCCAAACACAGACUACACACCAAGCACCUCCCCUCGCUCGCGUUACGCCAACAUGACCAAAGCCCUGGCUGCCGAGAAAAAGAAGGUCUUGUUUCAAAUAUGCGAAUGGGGGAUUGACUUCCCCGCCCUAUGGGCACCUUCAUUAGGUCACACUUGGCGCAUUGGAAAUGAUAUUAUUCCCGCAUGGCGGGCAAUUUUCCGAACGCUUAACCAAGCGGUUCCGCAAACGUCCUUUGCGGGACCUGGACAGUGGCCAGAUCUAGAUAUGAUGGAGGUCGGGAACAACGUCUUGACCACACCAGAGGAGCAAACACAUUUCUCGAUGUGGGCUAUUUUGAAAAGUCCACUUGUCAUUGGUGGUGCACUGAAAGACGAAUGGACUUCGAUCAGCGAUGCGUCUCUGUCCAUUCUAUCGAAUAAAGAUGUGGUUGGUUUUAAUCAAGACUCUCUUGGUCAAAGUGCCAGUCUUCGGCGUCGCUGGUCGGAUCAGGGAUACGAGGUUUGGAGCGGUCCUUUGUCUGGAGGACGAACGGUCGCGGCCGUUAUUAACUGGGCUGGCGAGGCCAGAGAUCUGACACUAAAUCUGGCGGAUAUUGGGCUGCAGUCUGCGGGUACUGUGAAGGAUAUCUGGAACCAGAAGACAUCCUCCAACGUGAAGACAACCUACACUGCAUCGGUUGAACCACAUGGCGUCAUUCUUCUGGAGCUGCAGGACACAGCCAAGGCAGGGACUUAUGCGAGCAAGGAUUUUGCAACAGUGAGCGGAAAGCAAACGACGUUCUCGUCGGUUUAUGCGAAUACCACCAGCCCGAAUCAUAGCAUCACAGUAGAGUUCACCAAUCCUGCUGCUUCAAAGACAACCAUCUUGGUUGAAUCAUCGUCGGAUACAGUAAAUGUUCCCGUCGCACGCUCAGCCCGAAGCGUAUCUGCGACAAUAUCGCUAACUGCUGGAUCCUCGAACGAUAUUAUCAUUACCUCGACUGCCUCAAUUAAAUCCAUCCAAAUUUCUUCCCCGUUAGGAACAUACUACCCCUGCACAUCCUUCACACUCGGCGGUUCUUCCAAGAUUGAGAAAUGUGACGCUGGCUUUUGUGCUCCUGUGGGAUCUAAGAUCGGCGACAUCAAUGCAGAAAAUACUGCGCAUGUCACUAUCCCGGCAACCCUCACUGGAGGGAACGCGGAAAGCAGCACUGCUUCCAAGUAUCUCGAGAUUGACUACAUCAAUAAUGAUAUCGCUCUUGCCACCAGUUGGGGUUGGGGAUCUAGUUCUAGGAACUUGACAAUCUCACUCAAUGGUGGAAGUCCCGUUCGGCUUGAAGUACCGUUAUCCGGUCGCCACAGUGAGCUAUUUGGUCCGGGUAAGGGGUGGUGGGACAGUUCAAAGCUGGGAAUUUUGAUUGAUGGUUGGAAGAAUGGCUCAAAUGACGUGGUCAUUGGGAACGAGGUUGCUGGGGAUGUGUCGCAGACUUACGGUGCGGACUUUGUCGGUCUGCGAUUUUAUGAUUAG